AUGUGUGAGCAAGAUCCAUUGAAUGGUGUGUGCAAAGAAUUAGAUCGAUUAACUCUAUCCUAUCUCACAAUACUCAACCAAUAUACCCAAGAUAGAGCAGCAAUCAGCAGUGAACUACAAAAAGGAUUCCUUGACUUGGCUCAUGCGAAAUAUACUAUGGGUGCCAAAACCAUAUCACACUUCUCCUAUGAUGAACGAAUGAAAGCACAAAUACAAAUGUAA